AUGUCGCCGUCGUUCAAGUCUGCCGCUGCAUUGGGGCGCGCCUUUGCGUUGCUCAGUGCCACCUUCGUUGGGGCGGCGCUGGGGGUGAUGACGGAGCGUGCCGGCGGGCGGCGGCCGGGACACGAGCUACCGGGACGCGAUGCGCCCUCCCCGCUGCGGGAGGCGGCGGGGGUUGAUGCCGCGCCGCCGCCGCUCUCCCCGCUCAUGCAAAAAACGGUGAGCAAGGGGCUUCCCUCGGACGAGCGGGUGCGCUUCUUCGACGGCUUCGUGGCCAGCCUCAACUACGAAAGGCGGAUUCCGAAUUGGGUCUUGGAGUACAUCCCGGGCCCCGCCGCCGCGACGGCCACGCCGAGGGGCGGCGACAGCGGCGGCGGGGGGGACGACGAGAGCUCCCUCAGGGCAAAGCGGGAGGGCAUGAAGUUUUUUGCCGACACCACCGUCCCGGAGACGUUUCGGGUGUCGCCAGACGACUACGGCGGUGGCAGAGAAGAAGAGCGGCGUCUGCGGCCGACGCGGGGGCUAAGUCGUGGUCACCUCGCCGCGGCGCAGUUCCACAAGACCUCCCCGAAGGAGAUGGCGGAGACGUUUAACAUGAACGCCAACAUUGUCCCGCAGGACAUGACGAUGAACGCCGUGGACUGGCUGCGGCUAGAAAACCUCACAAAGAAGCUGCUUCGGCGCUACGAGGGCGGGCUAUGGGUGGUGACGGGCCCUGUUUUUCACCCACGCCACGUCUAUGGCGACCCACGCGCCUGGGGGUGGACGGAGUCGCGCUCCACGUCCGCCAUCACCCCGGCGGUGGCGCCGGACGACGUCAAGAAGGCGCGCAAGGUGGUUUGCUACGAGCUCGUGGGCAAACACGACGUGGCUGUGCCGACGCACCUCUUCAAAGUCCUGCUUGGCGAGCGCUCGGACGGCACCCACGAAGUCGCAGCGUUUCUAAUGCCAAACGAGCCCAUCACGGACGAGCGGCCGCUUGUCGCCUACCAGGUGACAGUGGCCGAAGUCGAGAAGAAGACAGGACUGCAAUUCUUCCGCAAUGCUCUCGCCGCAAAAGAUGUGGCCACCGCGCCGUCGUGGCGGGCACGCAAGGCGCCUACGCACGGCUUGGACGCACUUCCAGAUAUUUGUGGACGCCACUCGUGUGAGGUCCGCACGGCGGCGCUGUUUCAGUCGUACAGAUGCAUUGCGCAGCUGCGAGCGGCACAGUCGCUGCCGGAAUUGCAGCAGGUCUUCAACCGACUGCUUUUAGAGAGGCAGCAGCAGCAGCAGCGUGACAACGCAAACGGCGCCCAGCUCGAUGCCUUCGUGGUGAAGGAGUACAUGCAGCGCAAAAAGGAACUCGUGGAGGCGGCCGUCGCCGAGGUGGAUUGA